AUGUCCAGUCUGGCUGCUCAUGCGAUACUGCACCCCAAGAUAAGUCAAAGCUUGGCUGUCUUGGCUACUACAAUCGGUAGGGAUAAGGCCUACAGGCUCAUCCAGUAUCUAGCCAGGUUGAUUGCGUGGUCCUUGCUACGUAAAGGAAAUGUCGAAACUGCUGCUAGAUGGGAGGGUCUGAAGAACGGGUUAGCUACUGGUAGAAAAGUGUUGCGACUGUUCAGACCUGCGGAAUUCCUACAAUCAGCUAUGAUUCUCGCUCAGAAGCCAGUGCAAGGACCAGCACAGAUCGCACAACUCGCUCAAAUAGGUCGUCAACUAGGAUAUGCGGGAUUCUUCACGAACGAUAUGAUAGUCUGGUUGGGUCAAAUAAGAUUUUUGAAACUUGACAAAGUGCAAUUGGAUCGAUUCCAGAGACUAACUUUCAAAUUCUGGCUAUCUGGUAUCAUCUGUUCUUUGAUUUCGUCAUCCGCAUCAAUAGUCAAGCUUCGAGCAGACAGUAGAAGGUUCGCCUUGAAUGCAGAUAUCGCUAAAAGGGAAAGUGGUGAAAAAGGUCCUGAUGAUCGUGCGAGAGAAGACGCUGAAAGGAGAGAAAGGGGAAGGGCGUUAUUAGCUCAAAGGCAGAGUCUUCUGUCUCAAUUGAUCAGCGACUCAUGCGAUGUUUGGAUUCCAGCUACUGGUCUAGGUUAUGCUAGCGUUAAUGACGGUGCACUGGGUGCUUUAGGAGCAAUCACAUCGUACAUGUCUUUACAGACUCAAUGGAAGAAGCACGCUGCAGCUGGAGUCAGGAAAAGUAUCUAA